AUGUUUCACCAACAGAAAAUGUGUAGCAAUAUUUCUGCCAGUUCUUACAGCACAUCUGCCUUUGUUUUCAUAGGAUCUGGGCUGGAGUUCCGUGAACUUUAUAGCUUGUCACCAACAUCCGAGUUUACCCCCACGCCCCAGGAAGGAGUUUCUGUAGCCGUGUCAGAACCCCCGCCCCUUUCCUCUUGGUUCUUCCUCGGUGACCCUGAAAAGGGGCAAGAGGUGGCCGACUUACAAUCAUCCUGUGAGACCUUUACAGAGAAGCCAACGGAGCUUCAGUUCAGAGCCCUGACUGGCACAGGCCCUUUUCUAAUUUGGGACCUGUUCCCUUUAUUUUUUCUUAAAGACAGCUUCUCAUUACUCAGGCUUUGGGCCCCACAAAGCCUAGAUUGCUUGCUGCUUGCAAUCUGCCAUGGCACGGAAGGCUGA